AUGGCGUCCAGUCCUAAGCAGCCGGACGGCAUGACCAAGACCGAUACGAUUGGGAUUGACGAGCCCAACAAACUACACGGCUAUGCAUCUGCUCCUGGAGUCAUUGACGAAGUCACCCGGGUGGUUGAUCACAAGGCUGAGCGCCGUCUCUGUCGGAAGUUUGAUUAUCGCCUUCUCCCUAUACUGGCAAUUAUGUACCUGUUCAAUGCCCUGGAUAAGGGAAACCUGGGAAAUGCAAAGACUGAUGGAUUGACUAAGGACCUCAACUUCAAGCCCAAUGAGUACAAUCUCCUACUAUCGAUCUUCUUUGUACCCUUUGUGGUAUUUGCACCACCAUUCUCGAUGCUGGGAAAGAAGUUCAGUCCGGCACGCGUAUUGCCAAUCCUAAUGUUCUCCUUUGGCUCCUUCACGAUUCUGUCUUCGGCCGCCCACAACUUCGGCGGCAUGUUUGCUCUGCGCUGGUUCCUGGGCAUGUCUGAGGCCGCCUUCUUCCCCCUGGUUAUUUACUACCUGACCACCUUCUACCGUCGCGGCGAGCUGGCUCGUCGUCUGGCCGUUUUCUACGCUGCCUCCAACAUCGCCAAUGCCUUCUCUGGACUUAUUGCAUUUGGCGUGUUCCAGAUCAAGGGUUCUAGUCUGCCUAACUGGCGCUACCUCUUCAUAAUUGAAGGUGGAGUGACUGUGCUCUUUGCCGUCUUUGCCUUCGUCUAUCUGCCCCGCAGUGCAGCCGAGGCCAAGUUCCUAUCCGAGGAGGAGAAGGCGCUGGCUUUCCACCGUAUCCAGGUCGACUCCAGUGCGGUGGUCAACGAAAAGUUCAAGUUCCGCGAGGCGAUUGGGAUCUUCAAACAUCCCACUACUUAUGUCUUCUUGUGCAUUGAAAUCUGCCUUGGUGUGCCAUUGCAGGGUGUCGCAUUGUUCAUGCCCCAGAUUGUCGGAGGAUUGGGCUAUUCCACUGUCAAGACCAACCUAUACACCGUGGCCCCGAAUGUGAGUGGAGCAGUGAUGCUGCUGGUUCUCGCCUUCACUUCAGAUUGGGUCAAGCUUCGAUCGCCUUUCAUCGUGCUGGGCUUCCUGCUCACGUUUUCCGGAUUCAUGAUCUAUGCAUCCAUCGACGACGUUCCAAACAACCUGCAAGUGGCCUACUUCGCCACCUUCAUGAUGACGUGGGGAACAUCUGCGCCAUCGGUGCUGCUCAGCACCUGGUAUAACAACAACAUCGCCCACGAAGGUCGCCGUGUGCUAUUGACGAGUAUCGGUGUGCCAUUGGCUAACCUGAUGGGCUUGGUGAGCAGCAACCUAUUCCGCGAGCAAGAUGCGCCCAAGUAUAUGCCCGCGUUGAUCAGCGUUGCUGCCUUCGGCGCCGCUGGAGCCUGUCUGGCCGCCUGCUUGGGCUUUUACAUGUGGAUGGACAACAAGCGACGCGAUCGCCGAGACGGAGUGACGAUCCAAGCACGGGAUAUCCCGACGGAGCGAUUGAGAGACGGGCCAUCGUCUCCUGAAUUCCGCUGGUUUUUGUAA